CUAUAGGUCUUAAUUCUGAACCCAGACGUUGACCUCUAGAACUUCCAAUAAAUUUUUUUUUCAAUUGAAUAUUAUUAGUUUCACUAAUCACUCAUUAGUUUAACCUUCAAAACAUAAGACUUUUUCUAGUUAUAAAGCAUAUAUUUCUCAUAUUUUUUUAAAAUCAUUAAGUACAAAAUAAUAUGGCUUCCAUGGGUAAGAAAUUGUUUGAACAAAUCAAAAGUAAGGAAUUCCGUACUUAUUUAAUGAGUACUCAUUUUUGGGGUCCUAUAGCAAAUUGGGGUAUACCAAUAGCAGCACUAUCGGAUGUUAGAAAAGAUCCAGAAUUAAUAAGCGGUAAAAUGACUGGAGCAUUAUGCUUAUAUUCAAUGGCAUUCAUGAGGUUUGCGUGGAAAGUCCAACCGCGUAAUAUGCUUUUGUUCGCUUGCCAUGCAACAAAUGAAGUAGCUCAAGUGAUUCAACUUUCAAGAUUUAUUAACUAUAAUUAUUUAUCUGAUAAAAAAGAAAAAAAAAACGAAAUAGCUUAAAUAUUCCAUUUUUUUUUUAUUUUGGUAUACUAUGUAAUUUAUUUUUUAAAUCAAAAUUUCAUUGUGAUAGGUUUCUGUAACAUGCAUUUAUAGAAAUGCAUAUUAACUUUGACAUACUGACAUCCAUUUGUCAUUAUUGUAAACAAAUGUUGACAAUAAAUUUAGAUAAUGUAUUCAUAUAAUUUGCUCAUUUUUGUAUGAGAUAUACUUGGCUGUUUAUAACGAUUACAAUUUGAAACGUGUAUACUUUAAUUUUA